CCUCGCGUGCAGGCACUGGCGAGCAGCGGCGGGCGGGCCACUGGAGCAGGCUUGGCCUCUUCGGAGCCGCCCCCUGGCCCUAGUGUCUGGCCACACACUGCCCACUCUGCACCGCCCGGACUCCAGACUCUUUGCAGCCCAUAACGUGUGUGUGCCGCGUCCACCCGAGCCAGGAGCGCCCCGCAGGCUGGCGGUGGUGGAUGCGCGGGCGGCAGCCCACAGUAUGGAUUCAGAUUCUGGAGAGCAGAGCGAGGGCGAGCCCGGGACUGCUGCAGGUCCUCAUGUGUUUAGUUCCAAGAAUCUCGCCCUUCAAGCCCAGAAGAAGAUCCUGAGCAAGAUAGCCAGCAAAACUGUGGCCAACAUGCUGAUUGAUGACACCAGCAGUGAGAUCUUCGAUGAGCUGUACAAAGUCACAGAAGAACACACCCACAACAAGAAGGAGGCCCACAAGAUCAUGAAGGAUGCAAUCAAGGUGGCCAUCAAAAUUGGUAUCCUCUACCGGAACAAACAGUUCAGUCAAGAGGAGGUCAUGAUUGUAGAGAAACUCCGCAAGAAACUGAACCAGACUGCUAUGACUAUGGUCAGCUUCUACGAAGUAGAGUACACCUUUGAUACGAAUGUGCUCUCGAAGCUUCUGCAUGAGUGCAAGGACCUGGUACAUGAACUGGUACAGCGACACUUGACGCCCAGAACCCAUGGACGCAUAAACCAUGUCUUCAACCACUUUGCUGAUGUAGAAUUCCUUUCUACUCUCUACGGUCCACAUGGAAACUGCAGGCCCAAUCUCAAGAGGAUUUGCGAGGGAAUCAAUAAAUUGUUAGAUGACAAGAUCCUCUGAAAAGCUUCCCCUCUCUUGGACUUUGCUGCUUCAAAGUUAGAAUAUUCAACCUCAUCCAGUGUGAACCAAGCAGCAGCCCUCAUUCAAGAUAUACUUGUGUCUUCUUUAUUUCUCUGACACUAACUCUAACCCAGACGUGGGUGUGCUUACUUCCUGGGCACAGGCAAGAGCUCUCAAGUCUAAAUGGCCUGUGUUUGUGAAGAAUUGUUGUCAACUGUUCUAAGCAGGAAAGCUGCUUUGCUUCCCAUCCUGAGCUCCAUUCAUCUCAAAGUGGAAGGCGUCCUGGAUUAGGAUACAGAAGACAUGGAUGUGGAUACCAGCCCUGUCUCUGUUGAGGAGUUCUUCUGUGUUCUAGAACGUGAUGCUUCCUGACUACCUCACAGGGCCGUGGUGAGGAUUGAACAGGAUAACUGGCAUUCACAGUUUUGUGAAACAGAAGAGACCAGUGACUGUAUAUAAUAAAUGGAUGUGGCAUAAUUGUUCAUAGUUAGUGGGUUUGUUUGUUGCCAGUUGUCAUAGUAUAUUUAGUAAUCACAGUACCAUAGAGGCUGGGUUAUAAGAAUUAUGAUUGAGGUUGUGGGGGAGUAUGGACUGCAGAAUGAGGUUCAGACAAACCUGGCCUAUACAGAAAACUCUCAGGAAAGAAAUAGAAAAAAAGGAAGAAAGAGUUCCUUGCCUCCUCUAAGAGAGACAAGAGUCACCGUGAUGCUGCUCUCUCUUCUGCAUGUGAACUGAGGACACCGGUUCAAGGCUGCAGCGAUGACUCUCAGUUUAGGAAGAGCAAUGUUUUCCUUAUUUUCUGGUUCUCUCUGGUUUCUCCGACUCUCCAGGUUCAUCUCCAGCCACAUCUGUCAACAUCCACCGUAUGUCACAGGCUGCGUUGACUCUCUGUCUCACAAGCCUCCUCCUUUCUUUUCCUCUUAUACAGACACGUUCUGUUUGGAUGAAUGGUUUUUAUUUUUCUUAAUGAGAUAAUAAAUUUUGUUUGGUAGGGAGUGGGAGUUCUGCCCUUAAAUUUUAUUUAUAAUUGAUCUGUAAUAGCUGUGGUAUAAAGCUUUGGUAGAUGUAUAUAUAGCAUUAUCAAAUCAGCAUAAUUAACAAAUCUAUCACAAAUAAUUAUUUUUUAUCUGGCAGGAAUAAUCAGAAUCCCUCCCUCGAGCUAUUUAGUAAUAUGUAGCACAUUAUUGUUAGCUAUAACUUCCCUAUUAUAAAACAGAACAGGAUAAUUUUCCUAUGUAAAUGUGACUCUCAUCCCCUUCCCAUCUCUUUCCCUCUCCACUCCUCACUUUGUAAUAACUGAUGCUCUACUUUUUAUUUCUUAGAUAUCACCUUUUGAAUUAUUUCCUGUUUGUGAAUUAUACAGUGUUUGUUCAAUGUCUGUCUCGUUUCAUUUAACAUAAAGUUUUGUAAUUUUAUCCACAUUGCUGCAAAUGUCAGAAUUUUUUUUACAAUAAAAAAACAUUCCAUUCUGUUCAAAUGUCACUUUUUCUUCUGUUGCUCAUCUGUUGAUGGGUGCUUUGAGUCUGUGUCUUAGCUAUUUCAAAUAUUGCAGUAAUGGACAUGGGGCAUCUCUGUACCUGUUUCCAACAUGAACAUUUCAUAUACUUGGCAUAUAGAGCCAGGAAUGUAGUUUCUGGAUUAGGUGGUAGUUUUACCCUUUCCUUCAUAGCAAACAACCACUCUGUUUUCUGCAAUGGCUGUUCUGCUAUGUAUCUGCAGCAACAUUAUAUAAAAUUUCCAUUUCCUCCACACUCCUAUUGAUAUGUGUCAUCCUUUGUCUUUUUUAUAUUAUCAUUGUAUCCUCAGAGAAGUAAAAUCUCACUGUGAUUUCUAUGUGUAUUUUCCUAAUAAUUAAUGAUUUUGAUAAUUUUUACAAAUAUUUUGGCUAUCAGUGUGCCUCUUUUUGAGAAAUUUCUCUUGUCUUUUCCUUUUAAAAAUCCAGAUUGCGUUUUAAUAUGCGGUUGAGAUCUUUGGUUAUGUUAAUAGUCAUAUAUGAUUAGCAUUAAGUGACUAGGGCUAUGUGUUCUGUAGACAGCAGAGCCAGAGAUGCCCAGAGCAAGAUCUGAGUCAAUUCCAGAUUGAGCAUCAGGAUUUAAUUUUCACUGUUAAACUUUGGUUUUGCUUUGAUUUAUUGUGACUGUCCCUGGUUCUUUCCUCUUAGAAUAAGAACUAUAUAAAUUUUCUGUGAUUUUAAAGGAGCCCAAACUUUGGAAUUUUAUAGAGACUUUGGGUAUUUUAAAGAGACUGAACUUGUAAACACUGUGUGACUUCAAAAGUUAUAUAAUGUCUUAUAUUGUGACAUUAUUAUUAAUAUGAGAUCUUGGGAUAAACAAAAAAGGAAAGGUUAUGGAUUAGUAAUAAUGUUUUAUCAAUGCCUAGCAUGGCAAGGGGUUUACUGACUUGGUUGAAUAGUUGUCAACUUGGCAUAAGCUGGAGUUUUCUGAGAAGAGGGAUAUCUAUUGAAAAAAUGCAUGUGUCGGAUUAUAGGUAAAGUCUAGGGCAUUUUCUUGAUCAAUUAUUGAUGUGAAAGGGUCUAGCUUGCUGGAAAUGGUUCCACCGCUGGGUAGGUGAUCUAAGCCUGUGUACGGAAUCAGGCUGAGCAAACAAUGGAACCGAGCCAGCAAGCAGCAUCCAUCCAUGGUCCCUACUUUAGUUCCUGGCUUCAGGCUCCUACUAUGAGUUUGUGCACUUAAUUCCCUUCGUAAAGGACUUUAGUCUGUGAGAAGACAUAAAUCCUUUCCUUCUCAAGUUCCUUGUGGUCAAGAUACUUCCUCACGCCAGUAGAAAGCAAACCAAGAAAUAAGAUAUAGAGUCCUCUAAGUAUAUCCUGAGUACAACUUGAAGUCUGAGAUGGUGGUUUCUCCAGCCAUAUUUCACUAUUUAAGGUUUUGAUUGUGAGUCUUUUGUAUUUUCAUAUAACAUUCAAGGUUUUUUUUUUUUCUGUAAAGAAUUGCAUUUGAAUUUUGGUAGGAAUUGCAUUAAAUCCGUACAUUGCUUUUUGUAGGAUGGCCGUUUUAUAGUAUUAAUCCUGCCAAUCCAUGAGCAUGGGAGCUUCUUCCAUCUCCUGGUAUAAUCCUCCAUGUCCUUUUUUCAGUGUCUUAAACUUUUUAUUGUACACGCCUUUUAAAGCCUUUGAUUUUUUUCCGUGAUUUUUGAAGGCUGCUAUAAACUCAAUUGUUUCCCUGAGUUUUUUUCUUGGCAUGCUUGUCAUCUGUGUUCACAAAGGCUGUGUAUUUUUUUUCAGUGUUGUAUAUGAAUCCUGAUACUUUUCUGAAUGCAUUAAUCAGGUAUGGGAUAUUCCUUGAGGAGUCUUCAGGGUCUUUUGUGUAUAGAAUCAUAUCUAUAAACAAGGAUACUCUGCCUCCUUCUUUGUAUCUUCUCUAUUGCCUUCACGUGUCUUAUUGAGCAAGAUAAGGCUUCCAGCACUUUAGUAACUAGUAUAGUGACAAGGUGAGCAUACUUGGUUUGUUCCUAGUUUUAAAAAAAUGUCUUCAGUUUCUCUUUGGCCCCCUUCUUCCUUCCUUUGUAACUCUUAAAUAAUGGUAGGAUUAAACAAAACUAAGAAGAGUCUAUUAACUGUGAUUUAAUUUGUUUUUCAUCUUAGCCAUAUCUUGUGUAGAAAGUUGGGAACAGCAAGUUCACCUAUUGCAAGUUAAUUUAAAUAAGCCUCAAAAUACUACAAGCUUUCAAGUAUCACCAGGUAGCAACUGCAAAAACAGAGAUCCAAAGUUAGAACCAUUUGAAAAAAUACAUAAGAAGAGGUCUGAGAACAUGAAGUGUUGACCACUUAGAACAGGACCUUUUUUUAUCUACUGCUGAAGUCUGUGGUUUUCCAGGAGAGACUCCAUGGGACUAAGGGUAGAUCUGUGAGCAGAGGGACCCAUGCCAACUGCCUGGUGCUGGAGACACUUAAAGGCUAUGAUAAAGCUGCUCCACAAAUAUUAGAACAAGUACAAACUAGAUUCAGCUGCUGCUGCUGAAGUGAAGAGGUGUUGCUAUGGUGACACUGGAGCAAACAACACAAGCAGAAUAUCUCCUCCCCCACUCAAGCCCAGCAAACUCCUGAACUUUAGAGUCCAACAGGAAACCUGACAAUGCAGAAAUGUGGUCUGGAGUGCUAGCCCCAGUAUCAUACAACAAACACUGAAGAGUGGCCUUGGAACUCAAAACUAAUGAAUUGAAUGACAUAGAUACCUAGGUAUAUAAAGUCAUUUUAAGUAAUUAAUAAAUGGAAGACAAC